UAUACAUGCGCCAAUCUGAUGAGCACCCAGACUCACCAAGGGGAUAUUUUCCAACAUGACUGCAGACGGCCCACAACCUCUGCGCUCGUCUGAUGACAAUGUUCGUCAAGCAUCACGUUUCCAGGAAGGUUCCAUGAACGACAGAGCCAGCGCCGCACCGCCUGUCCAGUUCCUGGGCCCCGAAGAGGCGGCCGAGUUCGAGAGACAGUUCUACCAGACUCAUGCGGCGCCAGACGAAAGAAACCAACAAGCAGCAAAGCGAAAUCGAAGCGUCAGCACGCGACGUGACCGUCCUCUGUCAGCACAGGCGCCCGUGCAAAACCUGCCACAUGCCACCACGGCGCGCCACGCAAGCGAGGAACAAGAGCAAGCUACGCACAAGUCAGAAGAGGCCCAGAGCGUGCCGACACAAAGGCGUCCGGGAUUCUUGGGCCGUGUCCGCGAGGCCAUCUUUGGGAAACCCAAUGCCAGUAAGCCUGAUCUCGGCCGGGUGCAGUCCGAGAUGGACAAGCGGACAAGCCUACAGCAACCGCCCAGACAUCUGCACUCUCAUCACCAAGCACGGCCAAUACCCAUACCAAUACAGGGCGGAGGUAUGCACACAAAGUCCCACAGCGAAGCCUGCGUCCCUCAACUGCCUGCGAGCUUCCACAGUUCGGGGUUCAACAUGAACGACCGCCCUAGUAGGGAGGAAAUCAUGGCAUCCUACAAUCAGCUCAUGGCUACCGGCUUCUUCAAGGCGCAUGCCAUCCAGUCUACACGCCAGCCCGCCCCCGGCACUUCGGUCCCAAAUAUGCGCCAACGAGCCGGCCCUACCUUGCCAACAAUUCCAUCUCCCGACUACGACCGCCCCUCGUUGGACCAGGCUCCCAAGCGACCCUCAUUCACCUUAAUACCAGCAUCCCCGUCUCCGUCGCCGCGCAGGAUGGAUUUCUCAUCACCUCCCGUGCCAUCCAGCCUCCCACCCCCACCGCCCAUCUUCUCGACAACCCAUCAAGUGAAACCCAAACCCUCCUGGGAGAGUUUCCGUAAAGGUCUACGAGGCCGCAAACGCGCCCGCGCCGAUUGCUCGGAUGAUAACGCCUCCGAGUCGGCGUCCAUGGUGUCACAGCAACUGCCCUAUUCCUCCACCAGUACUCAGAUCGCCACCCAGGUUACCGGCAUCGGCAGGCGCGUCUCGAAAAAGCUGCGCAAGAUGCCCAGCGCACUGGCGAGUCAGCUCCAGGCCAAGAGCGACGGCUUGAUCCGCAUGGUCCCGGCCGGGGCUGACAGCGCCGAGAUGCGCUCCGCAACGAGGCGCAGUCUGAGCCCUGGCAGGCCCGGGUCGAGUGGUGGACGCACCCUGCGGAAGCGCGGAGACAGGGCCAGACCGCCCGUGGCGCUCAACAACUACCCGCACCUGGACCCUGCCCGGACGGCGCGAGCGCAGCAGUCCCACAGCGUCCAGCCCUCUGACAACUGGGAACCCAUGGACGUCGAUGGUGGUAUCAGCAGCGACCGUGUCUCGCUAGAUAGCGUUCGGCAGGAACACGUCAGCUAUUUGUUGAGUGACGGCGUGCUUGGCGUCCCUUCGGAGCCCCUGGGCGUCAUGCCGGACAUGAACAGGAGCUUUCCGCCCGUCCCACAGGCGUCGAAGCACCGGUAUAAGCACGGUGGGAUGAGCGCAGACGAGAACUCCAGCGCGCAGCUGUGGAUUGGCCAGGCACUGUGAGCUUCAUUCAUUAGCAUUAUUCCUUUUUUCCCCGGAACGGAAAAGGGCCGGCUUUGAAAGCUCGGAAAAAUUGCAGAGCAUAAAAAGCGACAUGUGGCGUAAGAAAGAAGCCGUGGAGCAACGGGGUCUGCAAAUACUGUGGAAGAGCAACGAGC